AUGUCUCCAGGAAUCAGAUAUCAGCUCCAUGAGACUGUGAAAAGAAAGCUUGACAGUGCUGCUUCCCCUCAGAACGGAGACCAGCAGAAUGGCUAUGGAGACGUAUUUUCUGUGUCCAAGAAGCUGCGUCGCGAUGACGGUCUUGGAGUGAGCGGUUCUUCCAAUGGAAUGCCCCCUGUGUCUCCACUCCAUCAUCUUGACAAGAAAUCUGGCAACGGAGAUACCUUACAACUUAACGGGAAACAUCCCAUGGGGCUGGAUGGCAUCAGCAAGAAGUGUCUUCCAGAUUCCAGCCUGCAGAUGAAUGGAGGUGGUGAUGCUGAUGAUUCAUUUCCUCUGAGUUUGAACAAAGAGUUGAAGCAGGAGCCCGUAGAUGAUCUUCCCUGUAUGAUUGCUGGAGCAGGGGGUUCUAUAUCUCAGAAUAACUUGAUGCCUGAUCUAAAUCUAAAUGAGCAAGAAUGGAAGGAACUUAUUGAGGAGCUUAAUAGAUCAGUGCCUGAUGAAGACAUGAAGGAUCUCUUUAAUGAUGACUUCGAAGACAAAAAAGAUGCAGAUUCUUCAAAUUCAGCUGCACAGACUCCAUUGGCACAAGAUAUUAACAUAAAGACUGAGUUUUCCCCAGCACCCUUUGAACAAGAGCAGCUGGGAUCUCCCCAGGUUAGAUCCACUUCUUCAGGUUCAGCAUUUAUUGGUGCUGCUUCUGUACCUGUAAGUGCCGCUUCUCCAGCGGUCGGUAGUUCUCAGGCUAUGUUCCAGCCUUCCACUCGGUCAAUGACUGAAAAUCCUAAUCAGCCCAUGAUGCAGGCAUCAAACCACUCUCAGAACGUCCAGAGGCCUCUCCCCAAUGUGUUGUUACCUGGGAAGGGUCCAGGAAGUGCCAAAGAAAUGUCUUCUGCUCAUCAACUUCAGCAGAUUGCUGCCAAGCAGAAGAGAGAUCAGAUGUUGCAGAACCAACAACAAGCUUCACAAGUCCACCAAACUAAUCAGAUGUCUACGUGGCCACAGUCUGGGCCUUCCCAUAGUCCGCUGGCUGUCCCAUAUACCAUGGAAAAUCCCACUAGCCCAUCAGUUUAUCAGCCAGACUUCAACAAUCAGAAACUCAUGAUGCCUAAUUUGGGAAAUAAAAGCUCGCCGAGAGCUGGAGGCAAUUACCAUGUGAACAUCUUGGGUCAUCAGCAAAACAGCUUGAACCAGAACCCUGUGAAUAGUCAGGGCUCUAUGCUGGACUAUGGGAACACCAAACCUCUUUCCCAUUACAAAGCAGAGUGUGAGCAGGGGGUUGCAGUCCCUGGGCAGAACAAGACCCCCAUGCUGGCCUACAUCCAGCAGCGCCAGCAGGCACCGCUGUCCCACGUGAGCGACGACCAAAAUGGGAUGAUCCUGUUGAAACCCAAGCCUGGAAACAUUGCCUACCGACUGCCACACAGUCAGGAUCAAAACCCUUCUCCUAACGUUCCUCGCGUUCCCGUCUCUGUCCCGGGCCCUGGUGUGGGUGCCCAGGCUCCAAACGUCUCCAUGGCAGGUAACCACAGCAACUCAGCUUAUCUCAGCAAUCAGCAGCAAGCAGCAGUGAUGAAGCAACACCAAAUGCUGAUGGACCAGCAGAAGCAGAGAGAGCAGCAACAAAAGCACCUGCUCAUGGAGCAACAGAAGCAGCAAUUCCUCAUGGAACAGAGGCAGCAGCAUCUACUGGCAGAACAGGAGAAACAGCGGCAGCAGCAGGAGCAGCAACUGCAGCGGCACCUGACUCGGCCUCCUCCCCAGUACCAGGAUCAACCACAGAAUCCAUACCAGCAACAGGUUGGACAGUUCACAGGGUCAUCUUCAGCCAUACCUGGGGUCAGUAAUUUAGGACAGUCCAGCUCCAGUAGCCCACGGAUGUUUCCUCAGACCCAGAACAUGAUUCAGAUGGGACCUGGACACACUCCUGUUCCUCCACUCCAGUCGGGCUCCAGUCAGCAGGACCGGGGGGUGACUCAGUAUCCCAAUAUGCAAAACAUUCAGCGCGGGGGAUUGUACAACCUGGCGUCUGGAAUGACACAGAUGGUUCCCCAGCACACAGCUCCAAGUGCCAAUGGACAGACUCCGAUGCAGAGGCAGGGCAGCUUGGGCCAGGGCACUGCUGUUCCUGCUGGCUAUGGGCAGAACACCUUAGCAAACUCAAGUAUUUCUCAGCAGCACAAUAAAGGUGCACUGAAUCCAACCUUAUCUAAGCCACAGAUGGCAAGAGUACCAGCUGCUAUGGGGGCUCAAAAUCCAUCUUGGCAACACCAAGGUAUCCCUAAUAUUAACAACCAGACACAAGCAAACAGUGGCUUAGGACCAUUUACUGCCAACUCCUCUUUCCACAUGCAGCAGACUCAUCUAAAGAUGUCCAACCAACAGUUUGCCCAGGGAAUGCCUCAGGUAAGCCUAAGCACCAGCAGACCCAUGACCUCGAUGAACGCUGCCGUCUCUGGGCAGAUGUUGUCAUCAUCUUUAGGUGCACAGCCCCGGACAAACCCACCUACACAGCAGCAGGUACCCUCACAGCAAGUGCUGCCUGGCAUGAACCAGACUGUUCCAGACCUGAAUGCUUUCAACCAGAAUCCAAAUCAGCAAAUGCCCAACAGAGGAAACCUGCACUGUAGCCAAGGGUACCCUGUGAGGACAACCAGUCAGGAGCUGCCUUUCUCCUACAGCGGCCAGUCGGGCAAUAACGGACUUCAGAACUUAACUGGUGACACAGACCUGAUAGACUCUUUGCUGAAAAACAGGACUUCAGAGGAGUGGAUGAACGAUUUGGAUGAGUUGUUAGGAACUCAUUAAAAUGGGGCCGGGGGUGGGGGUUCUACUUUUUUUAAUUAUUUCAUGACAUAUAAACAACACUUGGACCAAAAAAAAAAAAAACAAACCUGUGGCAUUGAGGAGACUUGCAGGCAUUAGAGGUAAAAUGGUUGGGAAAAAGACUGGAGCUGCUUCUCAAUGAGUGUUGACACAUGGUCACGGUGCACCAAGCGGGUCUGCGGGAGGAGUGCACGUUAUCUGGGGUCUCUGAGGAGUCGCACACUUGAACAGGUCAAAAAAAUACUGUGUCCUAGCCAGCCUUCCAGAAAUCUCACUUGCAGUGUUCUAAGACUAAAUUUUUUAAUUAUUUAAAAAAUAAAACAAAAAUUCCACAGAAAUAGUGCAGAAAGAAAGCAAAUAGUUGCACAAAUUGUGUUUAGGGCUUAGUCUGCAGCUAUUACUUGCAAUAAUUAUUUGUUUGUAGCUUGACAUGUUGUUAUAGUACUGUCCAUCCAACUUCUGACUUUUUAUUUGAGAAGAGGCUGUUAUGCACCUGAGCACGCUUGCAAAAUGUUUGGACUUGUUUCUUUUCCCCAUUGCUGAAGCAUGUGCCUGUACUCUCAGUAAGCAAGUGGUAUUUCACAGUAAAUAUAUCUAGAUGCUGGUAAUAGAUGAGAGGAAGUAUUAAAACCUGACCAGUUAGUCUAGACAGUCAUCUUCCUUCAUAGAUUGUAGUCUUUUAAGCUGCAGUUUGCACUCUGUUGUAGAGAGGCACAGUUCUUGGCUUGUACCUUGAUGUGUUUAAAGGGGGAAUUUCUCAUGGGAGAACUUUUAAACUAUAGUAGGUUUAACGUGAAUUGUAAAGCCAUUUACUUUGCACCUGUUUCUUCAUAACUUAUUUCCAAAGGUAGUUGUAUUUAAAUGAAGGCUUUGCUUCAUGACAGCUCAUCUAGUUUUCUUUGUUGUAAAAGGUAAAACUAACUUUUGAGAUCACUUCAUUCCCCGAAGUUAGCAAUGAGUUAGUAAUGAGCACAAGACUUUGUCACUUCAGGAUAAAAAUGAGGAAAAAAGAGUUUGACUGGGAGGUGGAAAGUCCUUAUGAGCAAUAAUAGCACAGGCAGCCUGGGAGAAUAGUUGUAUCAGGGUUGCUCCAAUAUGGAAGUCUCCCCCUUUAAAUACUUUGGUUUUUUAAUACUGGGUUACGAGUUUGAUAAUCUUUCUAUAGUCUGGUGGAUUUACUUCUUUAAUAUCCCUUGAAGCAGAUGCUGGUUCUUCAGCUCAGCCCAAGGGGAUCUCUUAUCCAUAUGUUGGGAUUGGUCCCAGAAAGGACAAAACACAAUGGGAACAGUCAGUGUUCCAAGUCCUUACUCUCUACCAAAAAAAUCCCUUAUCCACCAACAAACCACCUUGCCUUAACCUUUAUUUUAAAAAGAAAAUAAAGUUGAAAGCUUUUGUUUGAAAUGCACAAAUACCUCUUCCCUUUCUAAAUCUACUUUCUUGGAAAGCUCCUUUAAACUUUCUAACCAAACCCAGCGUUGUGAUUUUAAAGCAAUUUCCUUCAACAUAGACUGGCUUCUUCAGGAGUUUUCUGCACUGCAGAAUUGUGUGAGAGAGGGUUUUUCCAGAGGGUGUGAAGGGAAGUGAAAGAUAUCAUUGGUUUCAAAGAAGGAAAAUAUUUUACUGUAUCUGCAGCUCCUUUAUGAGACAAUUUGCACUUUUAAAAACUGCUUUUUUAACACUAAUACUUUAACCCUUUCCAAAUAUGCAUGGAACAUGGUUUGUGCAGCACACUUACCUAGUGUGGAUGAAUUCUGCUCUGUUGAUCAGAUUUGCUGUUGUAUCAUGUUGAACUGUUGGUGAAAGAUGUGCAUUGAUCAGUGGAUCCCACCGUUCAAUAGUGGAUAAAACUUCCCUGAAGCAGGCUUAAUCCCUCCUAGAGCUUUUGAAAAGGUAACAUAAAGAUUCUCUUUGGAUGGGAAGACAGAGGUGUUGGUGACUUUGCUUGUUGACACUUCUGAUAUUUUCUAGAAUUAAGUAGUUGAGAUGCAAAUAACUGAUGCUAACUCUUCUUAUACUGGCAAUCUAAGAAAAGAGCUAGUGAUCUUGGUUUACUUUUAAGUUGAACCAAAACCUGGUCCAAGGUAAGUGUCAUUAGAAGAUUAUAGAUAUAAACUAGCAAUGGCAGGGGAAGGAGUGUUUGCUGUAUUUUUAUUUUUAAGGGUUAACUUUGCACCAGUGUGCCUUCCCUUCCUGUCGGGGGUGCUUGGGACCUCAAUUUCAAG